AUGUCCCAGCUUAUCGACCCUUCCCAGAUCUCCUCCGAUAGCUCUCUCUCUGGAGCCCUCGGUUUCGUGACUCCAGGAACUCCACUAUGCAUUCGUGUUCCCCAAGCCAUUUUUACUUUAAAAGGCGCUCACCAAGCUAAAAGUCAGGCCUCGGACCCCCUCCCACAUGUCGCAACGGUCUCUAGAGGGUUGCCUUUCAAAUGCCUCAAUAUGUACGGCGAGUUUCCCCCCGAGAUGAUCGAGAAUCCAGACGACCCCGCAAUCGAGGACAUUGACCGCGCUGGAAACGGCGUCGUGCAUCUCCACAUCCUUUGGCCCGGAUACGAAGGCAGGACUUCCAGCUUGACGUGCAAGCAGGCCGAUGGAAAGUCUGUGACCAGGCUUGAGUUUAUAAAUCGAGUUACAAUGGCGUUCAAGAGAUUUUUCUCCACAGUUCAAAAAGAAGGUGAAAUCUGUACCGAGCCGAAGUGGAGGAUCGGUGAUGAUGGUAUCAAAUUUACGGACCUGAGGCUAGGGAGGAUUAUGAACGUGGCCAGCAACAAGCAUUGGCAAGCAGAUAUCCUCGUAGAACUUCGAAACUUGCCAUAG